AUGUCUCAGAGUCCUGUCCCGUCUGACAGUAGUCUCGAAGUGUUGCCGAGUGAUGGCGGACUUGAAGUAUCGAUGAGUGGAGAUGAUGGGUUUGAACACUGGAGAUGGCAGGCUUUGGCACUUGACGGACAAAACUACAUCGACAGACUUCCUGUGGAGCUCCUGAGCACCAUCCUCGUGUUUGUACUCGAUCCCGACGAGUGGGAUGACGACGACGGUGCCGAAGACUUACCUGAGCCGUUUAUCCUGCAAUCUGUGUGCCGACGAUGGAGAAAUGUCUGUCUGACCGUACCCGAACUGUGGGACGGCGUGUUGGAGAGGACGUACGCAACUUCAAAGUGGACGGAGCUUGCACUCGAUCGCACCCGUGGCCGUCCGCUGAAUUUUCAAGACCUCAUCGUGCCUAGCGAGUCGUCGGAAGGCAAUCCAGUGGGGUGGAUGCGUAUAUUCCCGCUCAUUCGCGAUCGGGCACUGCUCAUGGGGCGCGCCCGCACGCUCAAUGUCGCGCAGACCGGUCCGGUGUCUCCACACGUGGACCAACCUGACUGGGCCUCGCUUGUCAGGUCCAUUCCGCCAACCGAGCUCAAGAAGUUUGUGCUUACGCUGCACGAGGCUGGCCUGGAGUCCGAGGUCAUUUUCGACGACAAGGCUUUCACGGGGACAAUACCGCUCAAGAUGCGCUCCUUCAGAGUGAUGGGUGUCCGCAUACUUCUUUCGUCGCUAGUGUGGAGGGCUCCCCAAAUGACUCACGUCGACCUCGCGCAUUGUCGCUUUGAGUGCACAAUUCCGGCGCUCCUUCGCGUCAUCGGCGAAAUGACAUGCCUGUCCUCGUUGGGGCUGUCACUGGAUUCGCAUCAUGGACUCGCCCUGACGGACGAAGGCAAUCCCGAGUCCCUUCCGGCGCCAGUAGACAUCAUGCAGUUGCGUUUUCUCAAACUCAGCAUGGAGCUCGCAUACGCCGAGGCCAUAUACGACAAUGUCGUCCUCUCCGAUCAAUGUUACCUAUUCGGCGUGAUCACCAUACACGGGGACGUGGGCCUUGAAGCCGCAAUUGCAGCACUAGACCGCAUGUAUGCAGAUCGGCUGCUCUCAGCAUUUCCGGUCGACGAUGUUACGCACGCGAGGGAGGUAUCCAUUUGGUAUAGCUUGAGUCGCCCAUGGAGCCUCACAAUGGGCCUCUCCCGACGGUCUAUCAUCGCACGAGAUGUCAAGGAGCGCGUGUUGCAAAUUGUGCCUAAAUCAUAUUGGUAUGAAUUGUCAAUCAUGAAGGCCGUCUGCCUCCACAUGUUACGCAAGUGGGCAGCUUUUACGCCUUCAACCGUUCUGGCGGUUGGCCCAUUGCCCCUGGGUAUCUGGGCAGAGGUUCUGGCGGCCCUGCCAUCCAUCAUUACCAUAAAAGUGACGGGGUCACUAAGCGAUCUACCGGACGUUCUGGUGCGCACUCAUGCCGCCGCAUACCCAAGAUCUUUGAACUGUGUCGUUCUACGAUCCAUGGAGUGCAUCGGUCCAGCAGUCGACAAACUGUCACGCGGAUUAGCUCGACCUUACGGUCAGGGUUGCGGAAAUCCUCCAGGGGAACGGCUCCUCGAGUUCGAGUGGUGCACGUCCUCUGGGAUACGACAGCUGUACAAGAAGGAGGUCAUCCGAUGCGAGAGGCUCGCGGGCGAGGUCUCGACUGUAACAAAUUGA